CACAGUGCUGUUUUUGGGGCGUGGGAGAGUGCUGGUUUCCUGGCCGCUGGAGGGCAGCCGGAAGGACUUCCUGCGCCCCCGAACCCGCGAAGAAAUGCAAGCCCAGUGUUUUGAGGCAGAGGGUUUCUUUUUGUAACUAGUCUAAAAUGAUCCAACGCGUGGGAUCUUUCUCAAGUGUUGGAAGCCAAACUGUGUGUGACUCAGGGAAGGGAACUGUGGCAAGCUAAGGAGGCCACGUAACUUCCAGAUCUCAUGUCACCACCAAGCCCUCAGCUGCUGGUGGCAGCUGCUCAGCAGACUCUGGGCAUGGGAAAGAGGAAAAGCCCACCUCGAGCUACCUGCCUUCACCUGGCAGGAGAGGUGCUGGCUGUGGCCCGCGGGCUGAAGCCAGCUGUACUCUAUGAUUGCAGCUCUGCAGGAGGAUUAGCGCUCCAAAGCUAUCUGGAGGAACUACAGCGGCUGGGAGUCCUGAAGCCAGGACUUCAUAUUCUUGAGAUUGAAGAGAAUAACCUCAUCGUGAGUCCUGAGCAUGUCUGUUGGCAUUUGGAACAGACACUGCUUGGUACCGUAGCUUUCGUGGAUGUUUCCUGCACCCAGCCUCAUCCUUCUGUCCGGUCGUUGGACCAGCUUCCGACCUUGAAAUCUCUCAUAGCUGACAUCAUCACACGUUUUCAAGGACUGCAGAAAGAUGUGUCUCCGGGAGUCUCCUACAGCAAGCUGCAUUCCUCAGACUGGAAUCUUUGCACUGUAUUUGGGGUACUCCUGGGCUAUCCUGUCUCUUACACAUUUGACCUGAACCAUGGAGAUGGCAACUGCUUAGCCAUGACUCCCCUGCGGGUGUUUACUGCCCAGAUUUCAUGGCUGCCUGGCCAACCUCCAAUUCUGCUGUACUCCUUUAGUGUUCCAGAGAGUUUGUUCCCAGACCUGAGGGACUUUCUAAGUGCCUGGGAGAAGGAACUCAGAACCCGCUUUAGGACUCAGAAUGCCUUUGCUGACCUCAGUGUCUCCUCUGAGGUGAUUACACUUCGUGCUGUGGCCCUCUGAGUUAACUCUGCCGGUUGAGAAGGUAUCAGUGAGUGGUUAUCUCUGCGUGGAAGAUGUCAAUUACGAUCAUUCUGAGUGUCCCGGGAAGAAUGUUGUGCAAUCAGUGACCACAUAUGUGAACAGGGACUGUUGUUGGCGCCAGUAGUAUGAUUUCCACCGUUGUAUUAGGAGUUCCUAGGUCCUUAGCAGAGGAGCCUGUUUGUUUUUCAUUGAAUAAGAGAUAGAAGAACAGGAAAAGGAGUGUUGUGGAGACUUAAGCAGUGUACCCUUGGAUGGUGGCCAUGCCCCUAGUGGACGGUAACUUGGAGGGAAGGAGAGUGACUGGGUAAUUUGCAUGUUUGUGGAACUCUAACUGAAUUAGGGUAUGAGACAGUGAUGUUCAAGGGUCACACUUGUGGUUUAUUUCUCAGGAAUACAUAGUUCUAAAGAGUUUUGUGAAAUAAGGUUUAUUUACAGCGUGGUUGUUAGUAUUCUGUCUAAACUCUGCCCCACAGUUACCUGGAGACAGCCAGGUAGGUCUGGCCCACUAUAAAAGGGGCUGCUUGCCCCCUCCUCUCUCUCUCUCUCUCUUGCUCUCUCGCUCUUACUCUUCCCUUCUUGUUCCCACUCUUUCCCCAUUCCCUGCCCCCCCCCACGUGCUCAUGACUGGCCUCUACUUCUCUCCCUCCCUCUCCCCCUGCACCCUCCCUCCACCCUCCUGCCUU